GAGCGCGGGGGAGCGCGGCGGCGCCUCCUCCGCCAGCAAACUCCAGGGUUCGGCUGGGCUUGCAGCCACCUCUUCCUUAGCCAGGAGAAACCCUCUCCGAAUAGGUUUCACCCUGACUUUUUUCCACCCAUUUCUUUCUUUUUCCUCUUCUUUUAAAUUUUGUUUUUUUCUCCCCUGGUUUGGACCUCAGACUGCUGCAGCCUGAGCCUUCCGAGGGCUCAGCUCUUUGGGGCUUUCCAUCCCGCCCGGCUGCGAGAAAGGAGGCGCGUCCGGCGUCGGUAGAAGAAAAGAAGAACAACUUGUCGGAGAGGUUUCGCCAGUCCACAUUAACCCCUCCCGCAAACCCAAACCUCCCUCUGGGGUCAUCCCAAGACUGAGGAAAGUUCCUUCAGUGCAGACUGCUCUCUUGGAUUUGAAGGAGGCACCCGCGCUGGCUGUGGAAUUAGAUCUAUUUUGAACCCAGUGGAGCGCAUCGCGGGGGCUCUGAAGGCACCCGGGUGGCGCUGCCUGGGAGAAAGCGAGAGUUUGCGAACCCCGCUUGCAAGUGGUCUUUCCUCCCCGCGAGUGUUGUCUUGUGUCUGGGGUGAGGGCUGCGAGUGUUUUGGCGAGUUGCGAAGAGAGACCCGGAGGUCCGGAGAGGACUGCGCUCCCCCUUGUACUCCCUUCCUUCUCCUGGUUGCAGGGUGUGAAAUCCCAGCGAAAUACACAGAGGCCUCCUGGUACUGCCAAGACCUGUCCGCAGCGUUAAGCCCUGCCAGCCCAUUCCUACUGGGAGCCCAGGGCGCUAGGGAAGGACUGGCGGGCAGGAGGAGGGUGGUCGCGGCGGCGGCAUGGCGAGGUUCCCGAGGGCCGACCUGGCCGCUGCAGGAGUUGUGUUACUUUGCCACUUUUUAAUGGACCGGUUUCAGUUCGCUGAAGGGGAGCCUGGAAACCAAAUCGAUGACUGGCAAUAUCAAGUUCCUCAGGCCUUCCCGAAAGUAGAAGAGGAGAUAGAAGUAGACACGUAUGCAUUCAGCCACCGGUGGAAAAGGAACACAGAUUCCCUCAAGGCAGUGGACACGAACCGAGCGAGCAUGGGCCAAGACUCCCCAGAGCCCAGGAGCUUCACAGACCUGCUACUGGAUGAUGGACAGGACAACACUACCCAGAUCGAGGAGGACACAGAUCACAAUUACUAUAUAUCUCGGAUAUAUGGUCCGUCUGAUUCCGCCAGCCGGGAUUUGUGGGUGAACAUAGACCAAAUGGAAAAGGACAAAGUGAAGAUUCAUGGAAUACUCUCCAAUACUCAUCGGCAAGCUGCAAGAGUGAAUCUGUCCUUCGAUUUUCCAUUUUAUGGCCAUUUUCUACGUGAAAUCACUGUGGCAACUGGGGGUUUCAUAUACACUGGAGAAGUUGUGCACCGGAUGCUGACAGCGACACAGUACAUAGCACCUUUAAUGGCAAAUUUCGAUCCCAGUGUCUCCAGAAAUUCAACAGUCAGAUAUUUUGAUAAUGGUACAGCACUUGUUGUCCAGUGGGACCACGUACAUCUGCAGGAUAAUUACAACCUGGGAAGCUUCACAUUCCAGGCAACCCUCCUCAUAGAUGGACGCAUCAUCUUUGGAUACAAAGAAAUUCCUGUCUUGGUCACACAGAUAAGUUCAACCAAUCACCCAGUGAAAGUGGGGCUGUCUGAUGCAUUUGUCGUUGUCCACAGGAUCCAACAAAUUCCAAAUAUUCGAAGAAGAACAAUUUAUGAAUACCACCGAGUAGAGUUACAAAUGUCAAAAAUUACCAACAUUUCAGCUGUGGAGAUGACCCCAUUACCUACGUGUCUCCAGUUUAAUGGCUGUGGCCCCUGUGUAUCCUCUCAGAUUGGCUUCAACUGCAGUUGGUGUAGUAAACUUCAAAGAUGUUCCAGUGGAUUUGAUCGUCAUCGCCAAGACUGGGUGGACAGUGGAUGUCCUGAAGAGUCAAAAGAGAAGAUGUGUGAGAAUACAGAGCCAGUGGAAAGUUCUUCUCAGUCCACAACAACCAUGCGAGUGACUACCACACAAUUCAGGGUCCUGACGACCACCCGGAGAGCUGCCACCUCCCAGCUGCCCACCAGCCUGCCCACUGAAGAUGAUACCAAGAUAGCACUACAUCUAAAAGAUAAUGGAGCUUCCACAGAUGACAGUGCAGCCGAGAAGAAAGGGGGGACCCUGCAUGCUGGCCUCAUUGUCGGAAUUCUCAUCCUGGUCCUCAUUGUAGCAGCAGCCAUUCUUGUGACAGUCUACAUGUAUCACCAUCCAACAUCAGCAGCCAGCAUCUUCUUUAUCGAGAGACGCCCAAGCAGAUGGCCUGCAAUGAAGUUUCGAAGAGGUUCUGGCCAUCCUGCCUAUGCAGAAGUUGAACCAGUGGGAGAGAAGGAAGGUUUUAUUGUAUCAGAGCAGUGCUAAGAUUUUUAGGACAGAACAGCACCAGUGCUGGCUUACAGGUGUUAAGACUAAAAUUUUGUCUAUACCAUAAAGAUACACACACACACACACACACACACACACACACACACACACACACACACACACACACACAAGGCCUAAGCUGCUGUAGCCUGAAGAAAAUAAAAUUUUUGGACAAGCCCAGCCCAGGAAGGGUAUAAGUAAGACUAAAACUUAUAUGAGAUACUACUUCCCACUGAACAUAGAAUUCCCUAGUGGGAUGGCAUCUAUAGUUCACUCAGAACAUCUACUGUGAACUUAACAGAAAUAUAACAAGAUUACAAUGCUGUUGGCUUAGGUGCAGGGUUGCAAAGAGAUUGAGAAAAAAUACUAACAAAACUUUAGUUCACAAGGGAUCUGCACCUUUGGUUCAAAUAUUCUUCUCUGAUAUCUCAAAGGUAACUGUGUUCCAAAGCCUGAACCCUUUCACUCAAAAGAGCAAUGAUGAAUGUUUCAAGACUGCUGAGAAAAAUAGCUCAUGCAGGAGCAAAAACAAACAAAAAAUAAGAGAUUUUCUAACUUUUCAUCAGACGUGUGGCCAAAGGAUUGUGGUUUUCUGGUCUAGAUCCACCUGUUCCAACUAAUUCAUUACUUUAUAGGAUGAAUCUUUUAUCUGCACAGGAGGUUUAAACUAUGCUUCCCACUUUCUUGUUAAUGAAUGCCCUUUCUAUGAUCUGUAACAGAAUUUUCAAACUUUUAGCUAAGGAUUAGGAAAGAGGGAGUAGCACAUGAGGCUUUCCAUUCUCACUCCUCAGAAUAAAACUCCUGAUUUGUUUUAUGAAGCAUGAAGUCUUAUGAAGCCACAGUUGCUCUUGGCUGAAGGAAACAAAAGGAUGAAUAGUUCCUUAAUCAUUUUUGAAACAAAAAUAUUAAGGGAUUCUAAGUAUAUGGGUAUUUUUUUUACUUUUUGCCAUUUCAGUACGAAAGGCCCAUUUUAUUGUCAAUUCCUUUCUAAGAAGCCAUUCAAGUCAGCAUAUCCCUGGUGAUAAAAGGAAUGAAAGAACCCUGCUGAAUCAUACAGUAAUUUUCUUUAAAGCACAUAGUAGUUACAUAAAUAUAUAUAUAAAUAUAUUUUUGUUUAUAACUAACACAAGGCAGGCUCUUGUGACUCUAAGAGUGCAUUUUGUCAUCAAGACAAAACAAAUGCAAGGUGCAUUACUGCAUACUUUACCAUAGAGUUGUAAAAUAAUCCUUAAUAUUAGAAUAUUUUUAUGUCACUUAGCAAAAGUGGUUCAAUUGAUUGAAGUGCCGAUCAUUUUCCUGCCUAUUUGAGCCACCCUUUUGUUCAUAUCAACACCUUCUCUCCUUGGCUCAAUACAGCAGAUGCCAAAAGCUCCUUCAACAGAGCUCUCAUUUGCCCUGUAAUGAAAAUCCAGAUUUUGAAAUUUCGCCCUGAACGAAGAUAGAUCCACUAGUUUGAGGAGGAAAGUGGGUAAUAUAUAUAUACCGAGCUCCUAAAGUUUAAAAUUCAGGUACUAUGUGUACAAUUUCAUCAACAUCUUAACCCAUGAAACUUACAUCCUGUGCCAAGAAGCUGUUGGUUUUUGUAGGGUACAGUGUCUACCAUUUGCAGAUUCGGGUACUAAGAAGCAGAGAUGUCUUAAACAGCACUUUACUAACAGCUUAGCAUCUGUACACAGUGUCUACAUUGAAUGACAUCAGUUCACUAACAGUAUCAUAUUUAUAUUCACAAUUACCUAACAAACUAGUACCAUUUUCCAUCACAUAUAUUUUGCUUUACAUUUUUAAGUAACUGAUGAGGGUGGUGAUUUUUUCCUAAUCUACUUAGUUAAUAAUUGCAAAAAAAAAUGUCAAGCAAGGUGAUUAAAGGAUGUGAUGACAAUCUCUCUGCCAUAGCUUUGUUCCGUUUAUAUGAAAUAUCCCAACUUGUUUUUUGUGGAGUAGGUAUGAUCAGAUAGGGAUAACCAAACGACUUGCCAAUGUAACUGGUGCAACUGGUAUUCUACAAAGACAUAAGGGACACAUAGACAAUUCCUUUUAGGAUAAGAUGAUGCUUCUUUCACUAGCUUUUGUGGUAGGUAUGGCUUCUAAUAGCAGUUGAUUGACAGUUAUAUAAAUCCUGCCUAUGUAUCCAACUUCUUACACAAUUCUUUCAAGUAGUAAUGUUAUCUUUAUACCCUCCCAUCUUCCACUUUUGAUUCAAAAGAAUUGGGAAUUUUGUAGGAAAAUAAAAACCUCUGAAUUGUUCAGUAAACUAAAGCACCAAGUAAUGGGGACAACUUUCUGGAAGGAAAAGAGCUGCUCAUGUGUGGGAAAGCUUCCUAACAGAACUAGGAGUUAAGGGUGGUAAGACGUUUCUAUUGUACAUGAAUCUUUUGUAUAAGAAUCUUUCAGUGGUGAGGGGAAAGGCUGACUGAAUACCUUUUUUCAUGAAACUUUCAUUUUAUUUUAUACAUCUCUGUUUUGUGCUUGGUGCCCAUUUAUUGAAAAAGAAGAGCAAUAUACACAAAGUUUCUGGGAAUUCAGAAUAGACGCUGAUGCUUUGAACUUUACAUAUAUUAUGUAUUAGAAAGAGCACAUCUGUACAUUGCUUAAUAAACUAUGAACAUAGAGAAAGAAUAACAAUUUUAAAAAUUGAGAAUAGCAAGGUAACACAUAAACUUCUGGAGAAAUCAGGUAAAUUGUGCUAUACGGGAAGUUACUUCAUCUUAAUUAUUUGUAAAAAUUAUAUCCAAUAAUUAGAUAGAGGUUCAAAGCCAAGAAAAAUAUCUUAAGCAAACCAGAUAUCUAUGACCCCAGUGUUGGUUUGUUUAUGAGGGAUUUGAACUGCAGAAUAUACUAAUUAAUAAAAAACUAAAGAUAAACAAUAACCUACAAUUUACCCCCAAUUAUUAUUUUAGUUUGAGAUACACAGGGCAUUUGCUAAUCUGUCACAUGCAGCUUCUAGAGCUAAGGUGUCCAAUAUUAUAUCCACUAGCUAAAUGUGGUUAUUUAACUCUAAAUUAAUUAACAUAAAUAAAACUCAGUUUUUCAGUCACACUAGCCACAUCCAAGCGCCGAGUAGCCACAUGUGACUUGUGGCUACUAUAUUGGACAACAUGGAACAUUCCCAUCAUCACAGAAAAUUUUACUAAAUACUAAUAUGGAGCUCUUUCAUUUCAUUUCCCUCCCCUUGAAGAAAAAGGAAAAGGUGAAAAAAAGAGAAGAUUUAAUAGUUGUUGUCUAUAUCUAAGAAUUUUGAUCUCAGAGAGGCGUGAUGGAAUAAUGAAAAAAAAAAAAGACCGCUGGCCCAGCUUUGGGUUGCCAUUGUUAUUCUGACAAACUCACUUUAGCCUCCACUCGUCGCAGUUUGCAGUUUGGGAAAAUAAAAACAUUUUUACCCUAUAGUCCCUUCAAGAUUAUUGUUAUGCAUAUUGACUAAAUGUACAGAUGCACUGACGUUUAAAACCUUCUGUCAGUGCGACCCAAAUAAAACACAGCUACGGGUGCAGUACCAGCACACAUUUGCAUCCGUGUGGAACGGUGGAAAAAGCCCACCAAUCCACAAAGCAUUCAAAGACAAUCACAUCAGUACAUUUCCUGAGAAAAUGCCAAAAGAGAAUACAUUCAAAUCAAAAAGCAAAAUUGCUUAAAUUUCUGUUUUCUCAUCUCAAUAUUUUGUUUUACUAUUUCCUCUGCAUGACAUCUCUCCCAGCUAUCUGUCCUCUCCUGCACCAGAGCCCUCUGUGUUCACCCUGCAGCUGGCUCAGCUCUUCAUUACGUAGUUGCUUUGCCCCUCUACCUUCUUCCCAUUUCCCAGUUUAUUCUUCACAGCAAAGGGAGGCCCAGAAGCUGACCAGCUGGCUUCUCUUUGGAAGGAAAUACCUCAAACACAAACGUUUAAAUAUUUAUUUUAUCCCUAUAACACAAAGAUAAGGGGCUGUUACAUUAAAAUAUAAUUGCGCGGAACUUACUUUUAAUUGUAAAAAACUUGCAAAUGAAUACUAUAUAAAAGGAAUAAAAUUAAUUUAAAUUAUGCUAAUAUACAGAUAAUAUAUAUUCUUGGAUUAGUAUAAUUUAUUGUUUUGGAAAAAAAACUUGUUAUUUCCUCAUUCUAAAAAAGAAUAUAAAUUUUGGUGAAGCCCCUAGGGUCUAUUGUAUAUUUGAGGAAAAUUUUGCCAGAAGCCAUGUUGUGGUUCAAGACAGUUCUGUUCCAUGAUAAGGAAUGAAUAUUCAAAUAAGGCUAACUGGGAAAUUAGAUCCUGUGGUUAUGAUUUCUUCCUCCUGUGAAAUGUUAUUUCGCUUUGCAUUUCAUCAGAUAUUUUUCAAGUAUUUUAUUACAAUGUGCUCAACUAAUUCUAAAAGAUUGUUCUUGCUUUUCCUUUCUCAUCGCUACCCCUACUCUUGGCUUCAGCAUCUAUGUGCCAGAAUCGUGGGAGGUCAUCUAAUUCAACUUCUUCGUUUCACAGGUCAGAAAAUUGAGGCCUGGUGAGAAAAGUAAUUUUCCCAUUGUCUGAACUAGGCCUUGAGCUUGAAACUCGUGUCAGGUUAUUUCUGUUCUAAUUCUCCUUGCCUACACCCCUUUGUCAGCACGUGAGGCCAACCAAGCAGCUCAGCAGGCACCGUCCCUCUAAGAGUCAGCUUUGUCUGCUAUAUGAUUGUCUACUUGUUCUGCAGAACAGCAGGCCAAUCUUGUGUCACGUUGCUCUCUCAAGAAUGGUGCCAUUUUUAUAAUCACCAGUGAUUUCAAGUUCUACCUAUUACAGGGUCUUUAUUUGGGUUUUCAGGUUCCAUUCCCCGCCUCGUACCUGUGACUGUCUAAGUUAACAAUGCUAUUUCUCUUUUGCCAUUUAAAAAUUUUCUGCCUUUGUUUCAUUUCUUCCCCAAUGUACCUGAAAAUGAAUAAUCUUUAUAGCAGGUUUCUUGCCAUUUAUAUAAUCAAAAUUUUUAUUUACAUUUUAAACUGCCUGAACUUUAUUGCCCUAAGAAGGUUUUGUUAAGCAAAUAUGAGCUCUGUGGGAUUACCUGUUACAUAUACACUAAUAUUCCAUUGUGUUUGUAAAGCACUUUACAUUUUACAGAGCACUUUGAUUCAUUCCUGUAUUUGUUCAUUCAUUCAACCACUCAAUCAACGUAAAUAUUUAUUGAGCACCUACAGGAACCAAGCUCCUGUACUAGAUCUUGUGGUAUAUGAGUAUAAUAAUAAAUACAAAUAGUGAGAGAUCAGGCAUGUCACUGAUAAUUGUAUGGUGAAACCCUCAAACACAAUUCGGCAAGUAGGUGCGAUCAAUAUUAUUACUCUAUCCAAUUUCCAAUUCCAGUUUUCUAUUCUCCUUAGAUAAGGAAUUAUCAAGAAUUUGCCUGAAGAAUGUUUCUGAAAUAUGGUACAUCGAUGCAUGCACAUCUGUGUUAUUUGCUGUAUUUCAAAUGAUCUGUUAAUUUCAUUGAUGAGAAAAGUUGCUUAUUCAAAGUUGUCCCAGACUCAGGAGGACUUUUCAGGCCACUUGAAUUCUUUCUGACUAAAUAUAAUAGUUCACUUUCUUGCACCAAUAUUUCUGUUGUGCCUUUGUGAAUUAUUAACAUUAUAUUUUUAAGGUAUUCCAGAAGCACCAGUGUAUGAAAGAAGCAUUUGCACUUUAGGUGUGUAUGGCUGUUUGUCAUUUGUUAGACUGUCUCAGGUGUUCUCAACCUCAGCACUACUGACAUUUUGGGACCCAUUAUUCUUUGUUGGGGAGUGGGGGUACAAGUUGUCCUGUGUGUUUGGCUCUUUGCAGGCUUCUAUUAAUUCUGUUAAUUGUAUGCCAGGAGCUCUGUCUCCUCGUCUUCUCUCUCUUCCCCCGACCCCUACUCUCUCUCUCUCUCUCUCUCUCUCUCUCUCUCACACACACACACACACACACACACACACACACACACACACAAAAUCUAGUUGUCACAACUAAUUUGCCCUAGGAUGGGAUUCAGAAAUCUACUGGAUCAGCUAGUGAGCUUAAUUUUUAUCAUAGAUAGGUUUUUAUUUACAAUAAGACGCAGAAUCAUAAACUCAUUGCAUUAGAAGGGAGUAAAAAGUCACUAAUUCAGCCACAGUCCAACAUCAUCCUUAUCUAUUUCUCCAUCUCUUGGUUUUACAAAUUUAUUGAGAGAAGAUGGGAAAAUUGGUUAUCUCUGAAAACUUAGGAAUUGACUUUUGGGAAGCUAGAGAUGAGGCUGUUUGGCAGUUAGGUUUGCUGCUGUAAUAGCUGCUGCAGUGAUUUUUGCUUCAGUUUGUGGACUUGGUGUCACAAAACUCCAGUGUCUCAGAGAAUUUGCUUUAGAGAGUUUUCUUCUGGUCACUGCACACAUCUACAAAUCUUGUUCCUUCAUCUUUACCUUCAAAAUGUGCAGAGAAGUUGAAGUUUGGUGCUUCUAAUUUUAAGUAUAUUUGGUGAGCUUUCUAUUUCUGAUACUGAUUUUUUAUUGUCUCUCUGUGCAGAGAAAAAAAAACAAAAAACCUUUUCACUACCCCAAGUAGUUGACAAUUGGAAGUUUCAGAUCAAGCCAAAGUUCCUACUGAUUUGAUGUGCCUUAUGUCAGUUUUCCUGUAGGUUAGUGAUUUCCUAUGGAUAACCCUGAAUCCAUCCGUUUGUACUUGUGUCUUUUCUAUACCAAUUAAAAUACUUCGUAAAGUUAUACAAAGCCUGCCUCUUAAGAAUAUUCCCACUAAUAACAACAACUCCCCAAAUGGACUAUCAAGUCUCCCUUUAUUCCUUUGUUAAAAGAUCAACCCAGACUUUGAAAGUAGUCAUAAUUAUUGACAACAAGUCACUAGUAUGGGUACACAAUUGAAAGCCUUGAUUACAAAGUCAAAGGGUAUAGAAUGUGUCAAGCACACCCAGAAUGAGCUCUCAUAAGACAAUCAUGGAAACCAGAAAACCAUAACUUAGAGAGCCUCAAGUGUGUAUAUAAUUUUCUAUUCUGCUGCUGUCAUAUCAGACUAUAUGAUAUUACUUAACAUUUUGAUUAAGCAGAUAUUCAAUUUCAACUUAAAUUGUAAUACAAUUGCCUAAUUAUUGCCUCACAUAACACUUAAACCAUUUAGUGCCCACUGUUCUCACAAUGAUUAUUACAAGAAGUAAGAUGAUAAUUAUGAGAAUAAAGUUAUAUAAUUUCUUCACUCAUUUCUCCAUAGAAGUUUAUGGAAUACAUCAUCAUUUGCUUCUUAAUGUUAAUUCUUGUUAAUUCCAGAUCAUUGUUCACACUGUAAGAUUCUAUGUUACUUUAAAUCCAGAAUAAAAGGCUGGAAAAAAUAAUGCAAAUCCUAUGCUGGUACUCAUCAUUUUCUAAUUUCUAAGAUUUAUUAACACCUGAGAAUUACUAAAAAAAAACAAUCUCUCCUAACAAAACACAGUAAAAAUUUUGGCGUGGCAGAUAGCGACGUGUUCAUUUUUAAACACAGCCUCUCUUUUCCUAAGCAUUACAAAAAUAUAUAUUUAUAUCACUCAUCAUGAAGCUAUAAGCCUUUUGUGUCUAUGGAAUAGACACAUAGCAUGAAACUAAUUUUAGAAGUUUGCUAUGUGAGGAAAGAUAUAAAAAUAAGAGUGGGUGGAUGGGGAUGAUUCACAGAAAAAAUAAAGAUCAAAAUAUGGUAUCAGGCAGAGUUUUCAACUUCUUCACAGUAAUGUGCAAAUAAAUAUUCAAUUAGGGUCAUCUCAAAUUUAGGUCAUUCAGCUACUGGAGCACAGACCCUGCAAGCUAUGCUAGAAACACGUAAUAUACGGAAAGUAAAGGAUGCCCCCAAACCCACCUCUACCUCUACGGUGCCAAUCCCAAAUCACUGAGGCCUUUGCUGCAGGGACCUGGGUUGCUUACGGUCAGGUAGUGACCAAAAAGAGACUUCCCAUUUAUCUUCCUCUGACUUAUAGACCAUGAUCUUUUGUUUCCUUAUACCAGAGACCAUGUGGAAGCCCUAAUACACAGGCAAUAAUAAAAAUAAAAAAUUUUUUCUUAAAAAUAAUUUUUUUGAGCAAAAGAUAAAGCACACUUUUAACUAGGGCCCCACAGCAGGAUCUCUGUGAAGUUCGACCGUCUCAGGACCUUGGCUCCAGGACUGUUGCGUAGGCGUAGCCGUGAGAUUUUUGUGGUCAUUUUAAAGGUGUUUAAACAAAAACAUUCUCGGAUUGUCGUAUCUGUAGCAGGGCGAUAAAACCUCAAAGUUAGUGUCCUCCAUCAGGCUACUCAGAAAAUACCAUUAAGUGAAAUCAGAGCUUCCCUUGCUAAGAAACGUUAAAAUCAUUUUAGGGAAAUAAAUUAAGUUUCUUUGGACAGACCUUUUGUGUAUAUUAUAACUAAAUCUUGGGGCCCUAGCUGAGAGGGGAAAGUCUUUCAUAAGUUAGUCAAAACACAUCUUUCAUUUGCCUCAUUUGAGGCAUUUGGACAGUGCCUGGGAAGUGCACUGUUUUCAGAGGGAAAAAGAGACAGCCUUUUUUGCAUGCCAGCUGGGAUCAUGGGAACUCCCAGUGCCAGGAAUUUACUACUGUUUCUGGUAACUCUCUGCUUGUAGUAAUUUGAAAUGUUGAAGUGUGAAAGGAGAAGCUGGGCACCCAGGGGCUGUCUGUGUUUUAUGCCAGUUGCACCAGCGCACAGAAUAUUUGUAAAUGCAUUUCGAAGUGGUUAUAAUUGUAGCCUUUGUCAGAAUCACAAAGCCCACUGUCGUGCUGCUGAGAGAGAACACUGCAGGGAAAUCUGACCCUCUCAACCCAGGCAACCUCAAACAAGGUGGGGAGGACUGUGUGGGUGAGCACAGCACACUGCAAGUUUGUUUCUCACUCUUUUCCAAAGUAUAGUCUGUCCAUCAAAUCAAGGACGUGUCUUUCAGGCAAAGGUUAAUUUUGCAGAAGUUUUCCAAGAUUUCCUUUACGACAGGGCUUGGAAAACCGAGAAUUUUGCAUUUACUCCAGUCCUCUGGGCAUCAUUUCUCUUUCCUUUGCCGUGUUAACGAGACAUUCUGAGGCUGCAUUCUUUCAUGAAGAGAAUAACAUAUGCAUUCUCCAUGAUGACCUCAUGCUUGAUGUACCUGAACCUGCAAAUGUAAAAAUGAUUGUAUCUGAAUUUGCACUAAUGGUUUCUGAUAGCAGAAGAGGUAUAAUCCUUACUGAUAUCUACUGUUUAAAUUCAGUAAUUCAGAUGCUACAUACUUCUGCAAUCUUCUUGAUUCUUUUCACUGUAAGAAUCAUUAUCUAAGUUUGAAUGUAUUUCCUUACAGCCCGUUAAUUUGCCCUCUCUCUUUUACCUGGAGAUCCUAUGAUUGCAAUAAUUCAUUAAAGUUUUCCUCACACAGCUUCUUAAGCCCAGUUUUCCCAUAAGUCUUCUGAUUCUGCUCACAGUAUAUGGGAAAUCUUUUCUUUUUUUUUCCCUGGUAAUGAUUUUGUAAGAAAGCCAGUGUAUCUACCGACUGCCAUGGUGACAUGAUGCAUCUUUAAAGGUCUGGAAGCGGGUGGGGACCCAAUGUUACCUGUGUUCUCUGUGUCGAAUGCUAUUUUCAGAAUUAAAUCCUUUUUUUUUUUCUCACUUUUGGUUGAAGUCAACAAAUUUGGGAUUUUAGAAGGCGGAGAAGGGAACAAUUUGUGUAAUACUGCUGUCAUAUUUAACUACAUAUUAAAAACAAUAAAUGAUCAUUU